UCUUACACGAACCCGAUCCUUCCAGGCUUUCACCCCGACCCCAGCUGCGUCUAUGUCGAAGAGCUCGACCAGACGUUCUUCUGCGCAACUUCAACCUUCACCAUGUUCCCCGGUAUCCCUAUCCACGCCAGCAAAGAUCUCGUCAACUGGAAGCUCGCGAGCAACGUGCUGAACCGGCGGGAACAAGUGCCCUCUUUUGCCUCGGCGCCUACUGGACAAGACGGUAUCUUCGCGCCUACGCUACGCUACUACAAUGGUACCUUCUAUCUCAUUACUACGAACGUCGCCAUCUCCACCUACGCCGACUUCACCAUGGAUAAUAUCAUCUUCACGUCCACCGACCCCUACGAUAGCGCCGCCUGGAGUGUCCCUACGAAAUUCGACUUCGUCGGCUACGACCCCAGCCUCUUCUGGGACGACGACGGGACGGCGUACCUCACAGGUGCGGGCGCCAUGACCACUGGUACCGCCAUGGCGCUGGCGACGAUCGAUACAACCACGGGCGCCCUUGGUAGUAUCAGCUACCCCUACAAUGGCACCGGUAUCGGCACUGCCGAAGGACCCCAUCUCUACAAGAAGGACGGCUGGUACUAUAUACUCGUCGCCGAGGGGGGUACCGAAGCGCUCCACCGCGGCUCGAUCGCGCGGUCGCGCAACGUUACGGGGCCGUACACCAACUACCCGGACAACCCGCUCAUUUCGGUCGCGGACAGGAACAGCUCGUACAUCCAGAGCGUAGGGCACGCGGAUAUGUUCCACGACGCAGACGGAAACUGGUGGGCUGUGGCGCUGGCGAUGCGGUCAGGGCCGACGCUGAAGAACUACCCGAUGGGCCGGGAGACGGUGCUGAUCCCGCUGCGUUGGGCAGAGGGCGAGUUUCCUGUGCUGGCCGGCAGCAGCGGCGUGCAGGGCUCGAUGCGCGGGCCGUUGCCGCGUGCACAGAGCAAGAUUCUUCGCGGCGAGGGCGCCUACCACGAUGCUCCCGACGCCGUCGGCUUCGCUCCGGGCACGGCGCUGCCCAAGCACUUCCUGCACAUCCGCUACCCGGCGCCCGAGGCCUACACCAUCUCGGCACCCGGCCACGACGGCGCGCUCCAACUAUCGCUCUCGCCGAGGAACCUCUCCUCGCCUUUGGCGAGCCAUGCUAACCUCAGCAAGGAGAUCACGUUCGUGGGCCGCAGGCAGGUGGAUUCCCUAUUCGCGUACAGCGUCGACCUCAGCUUCGCGCCGAGCGCCUCGGGCGAAGAGGCGGGCGUCGCGGUUUAUUUGGACGAGAAGCGGCAUAUCGACUUGGGCAUCCUGCGCAGCGGAAACGGGACGGCGCAGCUGCGGCUGCGGAGCGUGAGCAGUAACAACGUCACCGUGCCCGCGGACGUGGUGAUGCCGCUGUCUGCCGCGGCGUUUGGUCUUGACAAGAUCGCCCGCCUUGAGAUCCGCGCCGCGAACGCGACACACUAUACCUUCUCGGCGGGGAUGGUCGGAGCGGAUGUGGACGCGGAUGUCGCGAUGGCGGUGGUGGGUAUGGCGGACGCGAGUCUCGUGAGCAGCGGGUACACGGGCGCGACGCUGGGCGUCUAUGCGACGAGCAAUGGGGUCGUGGGUGCAACGAGUAAGGCGUAUGUGAGUCGUUGGCGGUAUAAGGGGAUGGGGCAGUGUGUUGGUGAUAGGCGAGUUGUUUAG